CAACUCUGUCGCCACUGUUAUGUUGAUGUGAACGAAACAAAUGAAAACAUUGGACAUUGGUAUCGUUUUUUGCGCCUAACGCAGAGUUAGACUCAAUCGAGUUAUUAGGUCAUUCUGCACAUAUCUAUAAUUUUACUAUAUGUGAACGGAAUUACGAAAAAUGAGUAACAUUUACAUCCAGGAGCCACCAACAAAUGGCAAGGUACUGAUCAAGACAUCUGCUGGUGACAUCGAUGUGGAGUUGUGGUCCAAAGAAGCGCCCAAAGCAUGUCGCAACUUCGUUCAACUUUGUAUGGAAGGUUACUAUGAUGGCACCAUAUUCCACCGGGUUGUCCCUGAGUUUAUUGUCCAGGGAGGGGACCCCACAGGCACAGGAUCUGGGGGAGAGUCCAUAUAUGGCAGACCAUUUAAAGAUGAGUUUCACUCCAGGCUGCGCUUCAACCGGAGGGGUCUGGUUGCCAUGGCCAACGCGGGUCGGCAUGACAACGGCAGCCAGUUCUUCUUCACGCUGGGCAGAGCAGACGAGCUCAACAACAAGCACACCAUAUUUGGAAAGAUUGCUGGCGACACCAUCUACAACAUGCUGCGGCUGGCGGAGGUGGAGUGUGAUGCAGACGAGAGGCCUCUGAACCCCCACAAGGUCCGCGCCACAGAGGUGCUACACUCCCCUUUCGAUGACAUCAUUCCACGAGAGGUUAAGAAGAAUCGAAAGGACAAGAAGGAGGAAGGAAAGAAGUCACAGUCCAAAGCUACCAAGAACUUCAGCUUGCUGUCUUUUGGAGAGGAGGCUGAGGAGGAGGAGGAAAUAGUCAAGCAAGCAAGUCAGACGAUGAAGGGGAAGAGCAAGAGCAGCCAUGACCUGCUGAAGGACGACCCCCUACUCAGCACCGUGCCAGUUGUUGACAAAAAAAAGGACAAAGAUGAGGAAGGAGAGUCUGAGGACUCGGAUCUGGAGGAGGCGGGGGAGGGGGAGGCAGGCGGCCGAGGGGACAGUGCGGAGACGGCGGCCAUGAGGGAGAGGAUCGCCAACAAGCUGAAGAAGGACAAGAAGGAGGAGCCGUCGCACGGGGCCCAGGAGGACACGGAGAAGAAGGCCAGCCGCAGUGACGAGCUGCGUAAGGAGGCGCGACAGCUGAAGAAGGAGUUGCAGGCCAUCAAGCAGCGGAGAGAGGAGAGGAGCCAGCCCAAACAGGAGGAGGAGGAGGAGGAGGAGGAGGAGGACAAACAAGGCGACGGGAAGGCCUCGGGGGGUGCAGUGGCAGAGUACCUGGAGAGCAAGAGGAAGUAUGAAGACAUGCGCAAGCAGAAACUCAAGAAGGGCUCCACACGAGAGGCACAGACGAUGGCUCUGCUUGACCGCUUCAAGUCGAAGCUCUCGAGCGCCAUCACAGAUCCAGACGCUCCAGAGGAACCAGUGGAGGAACUGGCGGAGGACGACGACAAGGGAUGGCUGUCCCACGUGCUCCAGUUCGAUGAGCAGAGUCGUAAGGUGAAGGAUGCCACCAUGCAGGACGAGGACACGUUCGAGAUCUACGACCCCCGCAACCCCGUCAACAAGAGGAGACGAGAGGAGAGCAAGAAACUACUGAAGGAGAAGAAAGCAAAGAUAUGAGGAGCGAUGGAGAGGAGAGAGGAGAGCUGAGGAGCAAUGGGGAGGAGAGGAGCGACGAGGAGGAGAUGAGAGCUGAGGAAGAGAGAGGAGAGCAAGAAACUACAGGAGACGAAAGCAAAGAUGAGGCCAGGGGAUUGGGGGAUAGAGGGACGGAGGUGAAAAGAUAUGAGGUUUGAAGUCAACUGAUUAUUACAGUGAGGGAUGGAUGGGUGGAUCGCCAUUUACAUCACUCGAAAACCUUUGUGUUUUUAAACCUGACUGAGUCAAAUAUUCAUUCUAGUCAGAAGUCUUUUCCCAUCCCUAUUAUAUUGCUUUCACACUGUUUCCUCUCUCUUUCUGCUCCUGAGGUUGUUCGCAGAAACAUAUUCUCUUUCUUUCUUUCCUUCUCCUCUUUUCUAUUCUUGUCCCUUUUAAGCCUUUUGUUUUUCCUAUUUCUUUUCAUCCUGCUUUUCAUUUUGUUUUCCCUCCCUCAUCCCUCCUUCUCUUCUUAUUUCUUCCUUGUAAUACUCCUUCAUCUUUCCCCGUCUUUGUUUUCUCCUCCUCUCUCUCUCUCUCUCUCUCUCUCUCUCUCUCUCUCUCUCUCUCUCUCUCUCUCUCUCUCUCUCUCUCUCUCUUUCUCUCUCUCUCUCUCUCUCUUAUCCUAUCUUGUUUCAUCCCCUUUCCUCUCUCUCUCUCCUGUCCUAUUUUUCAUAUUUCAUCCCCCUUUCCUAUCUCUCUUAUCCUAUCUUGUUUCAUCCCCCUUUCCUCUCUCUCUCUCUCUCCCUAUCUCUCUCCCUCUCUCUCUCUCUCUCCCUCUCUCUCUCUCUCUCUCUCUCUCGUCCUAUCUUGUUUCAUCCCCCUUUCCUCUGCUGUCUAGUCCUGUCCGCUGAGGCAGUUCGGACAGGGUUGUUUAGGGCCAAGUCUGUACAGUGCUUCAACGGUUCCCAACCUUAUUCUGCUGGGACCCCCUUUUGGACCUAAGAAGAUUUCUCGCGAAGCCAAGUCUGUUACUUUCAGUCUGGAGGAAUGUUUAAAAACGUCUGCUCUGACAGCGUUUCACCUCUUCAGAACAACCUUUUUAAUGAUUGCUAUACACAAAUGAUUUAAAGACUUUGAAGACAUAGUUUUUAAACGUUGCGUAGAUAAAACAUGUAAAAGAUGUAAGGAAAAGGUUUUUUUGUUUGUUUAUUUGUUUAUUUUCUUCAGGAAUUGAGGACUCCUGGCUCUUCUAUUAGAUUAUUUACUUCUUAACUUAACCUGGUUUACUCCUGAACCAGGCCCCUGAUAUGACGUAUAGUUCAUUUCUAAGAAAGGGGAAGAGAUCAUUGUGUUCCUGAGGUGUUACGUCAACUGUAUUUACAGCUGUAAUUAAAUAAAAAUGCUGACUCAUC